AUGCCCUGGGUCCAGGUCAGCGCCGUCGACGGCGGCGCCGCGGCCGAGUUCACGGAGCACGCGCUCCGGUCCGCGAGCGCGCCCGUGACUCUGGGGGACGCGUCGAAGUGGGACGCGCACGUCGAGACGAAGCAGCAGAUCUUCGACGACCUCGACCAGGGCUCGGGCGAGUGGACGCGGACCUUGGUGAAGCGGGGCCUCCUGAAGCGCGCCGCGGGCCACAUGGCCCGGGGCCGCGGCGACUCGCGCGAGGCCGUCGCGUCGCUCUUCGUCAAGGCGCGGCGCCACCCGUGGCUCGCCGCGCGCAUCGCGGGGCCCCGGUGCCAGUUCGACGAGGCGGAGCGCGACGCCAUCGCGCGCGGGUUGGUGGACAUGCUCGCGACGGCGCCGGCCAUGGCCCUCGACGCGCUCGCGGAGCUCGUGCAGCUCGACGACGCCGUCGACGGCCGCGGCCGCGUCCGGGACCGCGACGACGCGGCGCUCCGCGACGACGCCGUGCGCGCGGGCGCGGCGCGGUGGCUCGGCGCCGUCGACGCCGCCGUGCGCCUGCCGCCGCCGCGCCUGCGCUUCGGCGCGUCCGUGCUCGAGGAGGUCUGCGUCUUCGCGACGGGCAAGCGGCCGCGCGUGACGCACGUCGACGCGUUCUGCUCGCGCAAGUUCCUCAAGCACUGCCUCGAGGCCUGCGCGCCGCCGCGGCGGCCGCCGGCGUUCCUCGACGGCGACGCCGUCGAGGCCGCCGCGCGCGCGCUCGACGCGCUCCGCGACCAGCUCAUCGACGAGGCGCGCGAGCGCGACGACGACGACGCGCCCGCGGACGGCGACGACGACGACAGCGACGCCGACGCGCGCACGGACGACGCGCUCGGGGCCGCGGCGCUCCUGGAUGCGUUGGAGCGCCACGGGCCGACGGCGGAGCUCACGGCGCGCCAGCGCGCGAGCCGCCGGGGGCGCGCGGCCGCCGCCGAGGACCCGCGCUGGUGGCGCGAGCUCGGCCGCGACCGCCGCGACGCCUGCAGCGAGCGCUGCCCGGGCGCCUGGCGGUGCCCCAUCACGCACGACAUCAUGCGCGACCCCGUCCUCGUCGUCGAGAGCGUCGGCAACACGUACGAGCGCCGCGCGAUCGAGGCCUGGUUCGCGCGCCGCGGGCCCCUGACGGACCCCAAGUCGGGCCUCCCCGUGUCGUCGUCCGUCGUCGUGCCCAACCUCCUCCUCGCGUCGCUCAUCCGCGACUGGUGCGAAAAGUGCGCGCGCGCCGCGGCGUCCGACGACGACGACGACGACAGCGACCCCCGCAAGACGAGCGACGACGAGGACGUAGCGUGA